GAAUAAUACUUCAUUUGAAGUAAUUAUCCUUAUGUUUGUUUGCCAUUUCAAGUUUGAUAUUUUAUUAAGAAAAAAAAAAUUGUUAAAAUAAAAUAAUAAAUACAUAAACAAAUCCUCGUUCCCUCUGUCUUUCUACCCUAACCCACUCUCUCCAUCAUCGACUCUCUCUCACUCACCACCCCGGUUACGAUCUUCCACACCGCCGGCGCCGACUCUAAAUUCUUCCCCGCACCCACCGGAACCGCCUCCAACACUCUCUCUCUCUCUCACGCAGAUAACUUGCUAAACUUGUCCUUUUUUUUGGUAACAAUCGAUAUCAUUAUUUCGAAAAUCACUGCUUCAUUUUUUUUUUGGUCACCGUUUGAACAUCACCAUCCUCUUGAUUUUCAUUCAGACUUCUCUUCUGCCUGUCUCUAAUUGUUGUUACUAUUUGGUGCUCCGUUAGCUGUAAAUCAUUCUCUUUGUAACUCCUUAAGGCCAUACCUCAUGGCACAGAUUCAGUCAAUAUUCUUUCUCUGCAACUCCAUUUGGCCUCUCAUAUUGUUUCCACCUUUCCAUAUCUUCAUUUUUUUUUUGGUCACCGUUUGAACAUCACCAUCCUCUUGAUUUUCAUUCAGACUUCUCUUCUGCCUGUCUCUAAUUGUUGUUACUAUUUGGUGCUCCGUUAGCUGUAAAUCAUUCUCUUUGUAACUCCUUAAGGCCAUACCUCAUGGCACAGAUUCAGUCAAUAUUCUUUUUCUGCAACUCCAUUUGGCCUCUCAUAUUGUUUCCACCUUUCCAUAUUAUUCUUUCUCCUGUGAAUGCUUCUGGCUUCUGUGUUUCUUUCACAGUUGCCUUGCAAGCUUGCUUUUCUUUAGAUACAUAAGAUGCCAAGGACAAGGAGCAGUGCUGAAGCUACCGAAAAGCCUAUGGAUGCUGGAAUGUCAACACAUUCUGAAGAGCGUGUGGACCUUGAAGGAGAUAAUGAUCCUGAAGAGACAAUAGAGGAAGAGGUGGAGUAUGAAGAAAUAGAAGAAGAUGAGGAAGAGGAGGAGGAGGAGGAAGAAGAAGAAGAAGAGGAAGAAGUUGAAGAGGAGGUCAGUGAAGAAGAAGAGGAAGAAGGUAAGAGUGUUGCCAAUGAAGUUGACAAUGAGAAGAAAGUAGUUAAGGAAGAUGACAAAAAAAUACAUGCUGAGCUUCUUGCACUUCCCCCUCACGGGUCAGAAGUUUACCUUGGUGGCAUUCCACAUGGUGCUUCUGAAGAUGAUUUGAGGGCCUUUUGUGAAUCUGUAGGAGAAGUUACUGAGGUUAGGAUAAUGAAGGGAAAAGAUUCAGGUGAGGCAAAGGGUUAUGCUUUUGUAACCUUUAGAACCAAGGAAUUUGCUUCUAAGGCCAUCGAGGAACUGAAUUAUUCAGAACUAAAGGGGAAGAAGAUAAAAUGCUCAACAUCUCAAGCAAAGAAUCGCUUGUUCAUCGGUAAUGUUCCUAGAAAUUGGGGAGAGAAAGAUAUGAAGAAGGCUGUGACAGAUAUUGGACCAGGUGUUAUUUCGGUGGAGCUAUUGAAGGACCCACAGAACUCCAGCCGGAAUCGUGGAUUUUCUUUCAUUGAAUAUUAUAAUCAUGCAUGUGCAGAACACUCAAGACAAAAGAUGUCAAACCCAAAAUUUAAGCUUGACACCAAUGCUCCAACUGUGAGCUGGGCUGACCCUAAAAAUAUGGAAUCCUCUUCUUCUUCUCAGGUUAAGGCAAUAUAUAUCAAGAAUCUACCAAAGGAUAUUACUCAAGAUUCUUUAAGAAAAUCAUUUGAGCAUCACGGGAAGAUCACUAAAGUGGUUCUCCCACCUGCAAAACCAGGUCAGGAGAAGAGCAGAUAUGGUUUUGUACAUUUUGCAGAGAGAUCAAGUGCUAUGAAGGCAUUGAAGAACACUGAGAAAUAUGAAAUUGACGGUCAAGUUUUGGACUGUUCUCUUGCAAAGCCACAAGCAGAUCAGAGGUCUUCCGGAGCAUCAAAUUCUCAAAAUUCAGCCCUGCUUCCAACUUACCCGCCCCAUAUGGGCUAUGGCAUGGUUGGUGGUGGUUAUGGUUCUGUAGGAGCAGCUGGAGGUUUUGGUGUAGGUUUUGCUCAACCACUUAUCUACGGUGGUGGACCGACACCUGCUGGAGCUAUGAUGCCAAUGCUUUUGCCUGAUGGCCGAAUUGGAUAUGUUCUGCAACAGCCUAGCUUGCAACCACAUCACCCUCCAAUGCAAUCACGAGGUGGUAGGGGCAACCAUGGUGGGAGCUCGAGUGGUGGAAGGCGGGGGAGCAGCGAGAACAAUGGUGGUCACAGCCGCUAUCACCCAUAUUAAAGCACAGUCACGAUGAUUUUUUUUUUUUUUUUGUGGUUUUAACCUCUUUAUUUGUUUUGUAGCCAAUGUAGUUAAUUUAAGCUGUUAACAGGUUUUACAUUAUUAUAAUUAUUGUGUCAAUCAGACACCGGUAUUCAGUUACAA